UUGAAACCCAAGUGAAAAAGAUAAGGUGUGAAGGAAUGAAUGAGUGACUCCACCUUUGUUUGAGGUUUCAACUGUGAACUGUGUGAAGUACUAUGAUAUGAGACUUCAACAUCUUCCUAGUAAGCAUGUUUCAGCCGCCAUCACAAACCCUUUUCAUUCAAACACCCUUCAGGUCAUUUCAAAACCAAAACUCACAAGUGAUGAGUUUAUGGAAAAGCUACUAAACAGAAGAUGGACAUUGCUAAGCCCUGAAACAAAAAUUCACCAAGUUAUUCAUACACAUGGAUCGCAUGGUUCUAAUUUCCUAUUGAACACGCAUCCAGCUUAUGGUGAUGGCUUCUUGUUGGAGAUGAAUAAACAAAGGAAUAGCUUCUAUAUCGUGCGGGAUGAUUUGUUGCACCCACUAGUUAAUGGCAAUAAAGCAAGAAAACUGGAUGCACUACUUCCUCUCAUUGAAGAUUAUUCAGUGACUGAUGUGGUUACAUGCGGAGGUUGUCAGAGUGCUCACACAGCUGCUAUUGCUGUUUUGUGUGCUGAAAAAGGAAUUCUGUCACAUUUGCUUCUAAGAGGAGAGCAGCCUGAAAUCUUGACUGGCUAUAACUUGAUGUCUACAAUAUAUGGAAAUGUCACAUAUGUUCCAAGAACCAUUUAUGCCAACAGGGAAGACAUGCUAAAGUGCUAUGCUAACUCGGUGGCUGAUAACAAUGGUUCUGUCCUAUGGUUCAAUGAUAUCAUUCAAGCUUCUUCAACUACUGAAUUGUCUACUUCUCCAAAUUUUGUGCAAAUGGAUGAAAGUGGAAGUGAGGGAAACCAUCUAAGAAAAAUUUUAAUUGUCAAUGAAGGUGCAGGUGAUUCUGUUGCUCUACUAGGUGUUAUUCGGUUAGUGGAAUACUUAUCACAGAAUCAUUUACUUGGAAAACAAAGGGCCAUAAAAUUUGUUGUAGAUGCUGGUACUGGCACAACAGCUGUUGGUUUAGGACUUGCAGCCCUUUGCUUAGGACUCCCAUGGGAGGUUUAUGCAGUCAUGCUGGCUGACAAAAUUGACGGGUACAGAAAGCAGGAGGAACGUUUGAUUUCUGAAUUCAAGAAGCAUUUUAAUGUUGAGUUUAUUGAUCACAAUAUAAAAAGAGAAAAUGCUGGGAUUGUGCAUUGGGUGGAACGUGGCCAUCCUAGAAAAUUUGGUAAUGUUUUGGAAGGGGAAGUGGAAGCAUGUCAGAAAAUUGCCCAACAAACUGGAAUUCUGGUGGAUCCCGUGUACACAUUGGCUGCUUGGGAAACAGCAAUGCUUCUCUCUGGCAAAGAAGCUGAAGGAGGAUCAGAAGUGGUGAUGCUUCACAGUGGAGGCACGUUGGGCAUGUUUGGGUUAGCACAGAGGUACAAAAACUAUUUUGGCAACCUCAAAAAGGACUAAAAGAGAUGUUUUAGUUUAGAUGACAGGUUGAUAGGCUUUAUGUUUGUCCCAUGCAUAAUUUCCAGAUGCCUGUCUUGUUACUAUAGAAAUGCAGCGAGAGAGUUUCUAUUUCUAUUGUCCAGAGCUUCAGCCUGACUUGACUUAUAUUGGUCCAUUUGGAAGAAAGUGAACUUCUCUUGACUUAGGAUUGAUGAUGAAUUUCGUAGUAGUUGACAACUGAUAGGGUGAAAAGUUGUUCUAAAGUGUUUUUUUUCAUUUAUAUUUGGCAGGAAAUAAACUAUGUAUCAUUCAGUAAUGGGGUUUACUACUGUGACAGUUUAUUGGUAACUAGUAACUUCAUAACUGGGAACAUUAUGAUGAAUAUUUGCACUUGUUCCAAACUGUAGACUGUGUACUUGAUUUUUCUGUAACUUUGUGGUUCCAGCAUCCAUCUCUUAUAGUCAUAUGAUUCAAUGGGAGCUUUAGAUGACAACCUGAUAUUCUAUAAUCUCCUCAGAUUAAAAAAAAUAAAUCUGUAUAUUUGGAAAACAUGAAGUUUUAACUUAAAGCUAACCUAUCACUUAUUUAUUUAUGUUACUAGCCCUGCUUCAUUAUCUGGUCACAUUGAUUUUGGACAUGAAGAUAAGUUGGUGCAGGACAACAACAUAUGCCGUUUUGGUCUAAAGAACCAAUAACAUGAACUGCUUGAAGAAUAUAAUCUAAUGGAAGUUAAUUUACUGAAGCUGGACCUAAUCUAGCUAGCAAAGACGUCAUUUGCUACUUGCCUUUGUGAAUGGAAAGUCUGGGAAAAUAAGAAACGUUUUAUUUUGGGAAGUGGGAUGAAGCAAUGUACUAUGUCCUUGGGGAUCCAACAACAAAGCCAAAAGGUUAUGAUCCAAUGACAGAAGCUGCAUUAUUGUGGGAAAGGGACAACUAUGUUACGAAGACAAGAUACAAGCUCUCUCCUUUUGCAAUUUCCUUGAAUGAAAUAAUGCCUGGUUUGUUGGGGAAGUUACCUCCAACUGACUCAAGGUUGAGACCAGAUCAAAGAUAUUUAGAAAAUGGAGAAUAUGAGUUGUCAAAUGCAGAGAAACUUAGACUUGAACAGUUGCAGAGACAGGCAAGAAAGAGAUUACACCCUACUGAAUAUCCUCACAGCCGUCAAAUAUCUCAUGUUUUGCUAAAUGUGAAUUUGGAUGUAGGUUAAGUUAUAAAUAGAUCCCUUCAGAGUAAGUGUUCGCGUCCUUAAAGUUUCUUCUGCCUGCGCAUUUUGGGGUAUUUGUCAUUAAUGUCCGCAAGUAAUUUAUGCUGUUGCAUAUUUGUUCCUUGUACUGUCUAUUAAUUAUAUAAGUUCUCACAAAAAAUGCAUAAGAUAAGCAAUUUCUCUAUU